AUGGGCAACGCGAGCGGCAGGCUGGAGGACAUCGCGGACGCCGAGAUGGACGAGGGCGGGCGCGGAGGCGGCCACGUGCGGCGCGCGUCGUCGACGGGAUACGUCGGGGGCGUGAGGGGUGGCGGCGGAGGUGGCCCCGGAGGAGGGGGUGGAGGGUCGUCCUCGCCGGGAAGCCCCCCGCGGCCGCACUCGCCGCGCAUGUUCGUGCCCCAGAGCCCUGUAACUCCACUGCAAAGAGCUUCAGAUGUGCCACCUCCGGUGUUCAACCAGAUACUGAUGCGUGAUCAGGAUGAUUCCGACGGCCCCCCUCCAAAGAGGAUCCCUACUUUGCUUGUGUGGCCUCAUGGAGGCAAGUGUAUCUUCGUGGAAGGAUCAUGGGAUCACUGGACAUCAAAGAAAACCGUUCAGAAAUCUGGGAAAGACCACACCAUCCUGUUAGAGCUUCCAUCAGGAGUUUACCGGUACAGAUUCAUCGUCGACGGGGAAAGAAGAUACCUCUCCGAUCUUCCCUGUGAGACCGACAACGUGGGCAACAUCGUGAACCUUCUUGACGUGAAUGACUUUGUGCCGGAAAGCGUGGAGAGCGUGUCGGAGCUGAUGGCGCCGCCCUCCCCGGACUCGAGCUACGGGUUCCAGAUCCCUGAGGACAAGGAGUUCGCCAAGGAGCCCCCCACCCUGCCGGCGCAGCUCUACCUUGGCGUGCUCAACUCGCGGAGCGCGGAGCAGCGGGAGUGCGCGCGUCCGAGGCAUGUGGUGCUGAACCACCUCUACAUCGAGAAGGGGUGGGGCGCGCAGCCGCUCGUGGCGCUCGGCCACACCCACCGAUUCCGGUCCAAGUACGUCACCACCGUCCUCUACAAGGCCAUCGAGCGAUAG